GGCUCAACUGGGAGUUGUAAACAAACAACCUAAAAUAUCACAGAGCAGCUACACAGUGGACGUGCCUGAAAUUACCACAACAAGGACGAGGAUCCGUCCAUAAAUGCAAAGUCUCCCCUCCAUCUGAUACGGGUCGCCACCCCACCUCUCAAGAGCUGGAGCAGAGCUGGGUCUCGAACUCGUGGCCGGAGGUUGUCAGGGAGCAGGUUGGCAAGGAGAGACCAGAGGGGAAAGCGGAGACCCACGCGCGACCCCCGGAUGGCGAUGCAGCCGGGAAAGAUGAAGAACGAAAUUGCUGCUGUUGUCUUCUUUUUCACAAGGCUAGUUCGAAAACAUGACAAGUUGAAAAAAGAGGCAGUUGAGAGGUUUGCUGAGAAAUUGACUCUUAUACUUCAAGAAAAAUAUAAAAAUCACUGGUAUCCAGAAAAACCUUCAAAAGGACAGGCCUACAGAUGCAUUCGUGUCAAUAAGUUUCAGAGAGUUGAUCCUGAUGUCCUGAAAGCCUGUGAGAACAGCUGCAUCUUGUACAGUGAUCUAGGCUUACCAAAGGAACUCACUCUGUGGGUGGAUCCGUGUGAGGUGUGCUGUCGGUAUGGAGAGAAAAACAAUGCAUUCAUUGUUGCCAGCUUUGAAAAUGAGGAUGAGAACAAGGAUGAAAUCUCCAAGAAAGUUACCAGGGCCCUUGAUAAGGUUACCUCUGAUUAUCAUUCAGGAUCCUCUUCUUCAGAUGAAGAAACAAGUAAGGAAGUAGAAGUGAAGCCCAGUUCGGUGACUGCGACCCCAAGCCCUGUGUACCAGAUUUCAGAAUUGAUAUUCCCUCCUCUUCCAGUGUGGCACCCUUUGCCCAGAAAAAAGCCAGGAAUGUACCGAGGGAAUGGUCAUCAGAAUCACUACCCUCCUCCUAUUCCAUUUGGUUACCCAAAUCAGGGAAGAAAGAAUAAACCGUAUCGCCCAAUUCCAGUAACAUGGGUACCUCCUCCUGGAAUGCAUUGUGACCGGAAUCACUGGAUUAAUCCUCACAUGUUAGCACCUCACUAGCUGCUUUUGAUUCUGUUGGUGUCAGUGUUGAGAGAAGGUAGAAUAAGCCUGACCACAUUAAAAGUUAAAAGUUCAUACUCAUAGUAGUAAAGUUAGAUGGGCCAAACCAUCAAACUUAUUUUUAUAGAAAAGUUAUUGAUAAUAAUCUUUCUUAAAAAAUAUAUAUGCACUUUAGAUAUAUUGAUAUAGUUUGAGAAACUUUAUUAAAGUUAGUCAAGUGCCUGAGUUUUUAAUAUUGGACUUGAGUAUUUAUAUAUUGUGCAUCAACUCUGUUGGAUACGAGAACACUGUAGCAGCAGACGAUCUGUUCUAGCACCUUUGAGCAUUUACUUUAUGGAGAGUAUGUAAGUUAUUUAUACACAAGGAAAUCUAUUUUAUGUCAUUGUUUAGAAGAAUUGCGUGAAAUCAUGUAGUUGCAAAUAAAAAGUAGUUUGAGGCA